UUACAAACAGUUGGAGGUUUGAAGUGUUGUUGUCGAAUCUGGAUGUGGCAAAUUUUUUGUUGGUGAUUUUGAAGGAUUUGAAAAAAAUUGCAGUUUAACGUAUUUUGGUUGCGUUCGGUCUUUGUUUUUUUAUAGUAAAUAUUUUUAAUUUACAUUUGCCUCAAACGGUACAUCUCCGCGCGCUGCCCAGAUUUUUCGCGAGUUCUUACAAAUAAUAUAUCAGCAAAAAUGGAUCUAGAUGAAAGCAUGGAAGUUGGACCCAUCAGCGAGGAGUUUGACGGCAAAAAGCGGAUUACUCGCAUCGUGUCCCGGAUCAAAGACUACCAGGACAAGGUAAAGGAAAUUGUAACAGGGAACUACACGGACUUUCUUCCCUGCUGCUACGAUAAUCUGACCAUCAUGAAAAACGGAAAAAUCUUAGAGGAGGAGAUAAAUAACGUCGUUUCGCUGGUGAACCAAGAUUCGUCAUGGAAACAUUCGGAGGAAAACAUGAAGCACCAUCGCGAAGAGUUGAGCGAGGCUAUUAUGGGAUAUAAAACAUCCUUCAAGCUGCAGACAAUACAUAGCCUGUUUGAGAUGAUACCUCGGUGCGGAGAUGAUUAUCCGAAGCUGCUGCAGAUUUUGGAAAAAAUUAAAGUGUUGCUGAACGAUGGGUCAGAUCCGAUUUUGCCGAAACUCGAUUGCUAUCAGAGCAUUAGCCUGCGGUACCACGAGGAGUAUCAGAUACUUCUGCACAGUCUGAACAAAAAGUUUGAAACGUUGAUUCAGUUCAACGAGAAGCUCUUCCAGCACACCAAAACCGUCACGUUGAAAAUCAAGAAAGAUGAGGACCAGUUGCAUCAGGUGAUUGUAUCGCUUGUGCAUACCAACUAUAACGUGAACAAAAUGUGCAAGUUUUUGAUGGACAACGUGUUUGAGCCGAUCAUCACUCGUCCGGUCUCGCUGACUGUUAAUGAGAACGAUGGGGAUUUUGUGACGAUGCAAUUGUCAUACCAGCUGGAAGUUAACGAGGAUCUUCGACCGAACCACAAGAUCAUCUUUCAACGGAUAAUGGAAACCUUUUACUGCCUGGGCCAUAUGAACAUUGUAAUUUCCGAGCGGCAGUGCAUUUUCUCCAUAAUUGCGAAGCACAUAAAAGGAAGCAUGUGCAAGCUAAUAAUUGAUAACUGCUUGCAAAAGGACAUUCCCGAUACGAUCGAUGAGAUGAACGACUCGAGUAUCAUGAUGGCGAUUCAAGCUUUCAACAAAUUUCUCGCCGAAAUGCUUUUCCUCGACAAUGAAAACGACCACGUGCUGGACGAGUACGCGACCAAAAUUGAUGUUCUAUUUCAGAAAAAGUUUUGCACCAACAUCGUCAGCAGUGCGCUUGAAAUCAUGAAAAAAGAUCUUCACGACAUGUGCUUCGUUGAGGAACGAGAGGCUCACUUUUCGAGCGGUUCAGAGACGUUCUCGAGCUGCAUGAUUUCGAAGAGUACAAUCGAUUUGAAAAAAUUCCUGGAUAAAAUUUUACUGGAAGCCUCGUCCAGCGAGAAGCAGCUCUCCGAGCGUUUGCUGAGAACAAUUGCUAUCAUACUCGAACGGUACACCACCGAAGUCAGCCACAAUCACCAGAAACUGUUGCUGAAAAUUCCCCAGCACACAGCUCUAUUUCACAACAAUUGCAACUAUUUGUCGUACUGGCUGCAGAAAAAUGCCAGCAAGCUGAACGAGCAGCAAUCAUUCAUGCUUAUUGGAAGCUCGCUCCGAAACCAGGGCAACAAAACGUUCAACAAUCAGCUUCAAAAUCAACGCACACAACUGCUGCAAUCGCUGGAAGGAUUUGAUAUUACCAACGCAAUGGUCGAACUGGGUCCGGAACCGCACAAAGCGGUGCGCCAAUGCAUCCGACAGUUGGAUCUGCUGAAAAGCGUUUGGCAAACCGUGUUGCCCGAGCACGUCUACAAGCACAGCAUCGGAAGCUUGCUGGUUACUUUCUGUGGCGAAAUAAUCCGGAAAAUAUUCAACUUGGAAGACAUAACAGCGGUCAUCGGUAAAGGCCUCGUCAACGUGCUAGCGAUUGUAAUUGAAAAGACUCCCCAGCUGUUCAAGGAUCCCACCGAUAUUACGAUCGUGGUUAAAAACUGGACCAAGUUGACGCAGCUUGCGACGAUUUUGGACGCGUCGCUUAUCGAAAUCACCGAGAUGUGGGCCGAAGGAAAGGGACCACUUACGCUGAGCUACAAGGCCGACGAAAUAAAGCACCUGAUACGGGCGCUGUUCCAAAACACGAAACAUCGCCAGACCUGCCUUGCGUCGAUUGUUCAGCUGUAGCUGCGUUAAAGUGACUUGCUUGAGAUAUUUGAUACGUUGAAUAACGUCUUCAGAAAUCAGUUAGCGUUCCAAAUAAAACAAAAUAUUACGAAAUUCUUUCUGUUCAAAAAUAA